AUGGAGAAACAGGCAACUUUUAUGAGAAAAACAACAAAGGUAAAUGAAAGAGCUCUUAAAGCUAGCUAUCAAGUUGCUGAACUUAUCAAGUUGCUGAAGACAAAAAAGUCGCACACUGUGGCAGAGACAUUAAUACUUCCUGCCUGCAAAGCUAUUGUAGAGGAGAUGCUCGGACCUGAAGCAGCAAAGGAAAUAGCCAAAGUCCAUCUCUCAAACAACACAAUUUCGAGACGUAUUAAUGACAUGUCUGCAGACAUCGAAAGUGUGGUUUUGGAAAAGAUCCGUAUCAGUGAGAAAUUUGCAUUGCAACUUGACGAGUCUACUGAUAUCAGUGGACAUGCUCAACUCUUAGCUAAUGUGUGUUUUGUUGAUGAAAAAACAACAGGAGAAGAAAUUUUUCGGGUCACAUCAGAAUACCUUGAACAAGGAGGACUUAAGUGGAAAAACUGCACAAGUGUCUGCACCGAUGGAGCUGCAGCCAUGGUCGGGCGCACCAAAGGCUUUGUAAGCAGAGUGAAGGAAAGAAAUCCAGAUGUGAUAAUUACGCAUUGUUUUUUACACAUCGAGGCCCUCGUAGCCAAGACUUUACCAUCAGCCUUAGUUCAUGUGUUGGAUGAUGUUGUGCGCAUGGUAAACAUUGUAAAGUCACGAUCCAUGAAAAGUCGCAUAUUUGCAGCUUUGUGUGAGGAGAUGGGAGCAAAGCAUAAAACCUUGCUGUUUCAUACGGAGAUCCGGUGGUUGUCGCGUGGCAAGGCCUUGGUUCGUGUGUAUGAGCUGCGGGAGGAACUUAAAGUGUUUCUGACAAAUGAGGGGUCAGAUUACGCAAAGCAGCUUGCAAGUGAUGAGUGGUGUGCAAGGCUGGCAUACCUGGCAGAUAUAUUUCAUCAUCUGAAUGAAUUGAACACCCGAAUGCAAGGCCGAAAUGAAAACCUGCUUACAAGUACAGAUAAAAUAAAUGGAUUCCGUUCAAAGGUGCAACUCUGGCAUCAACACGUGGAAAGUGUCUCCACUGAAUGCCUUGACUGGGUUAGGGACCCUUAUAGCUCAGCAUCAGUUGUUGGAAAGGAAAUGACUUCACAGGAGCAGGAGGAACUAAUUGAACUGAGACAAAAUCGUGGUUGCAAGCUAAGAUUUGCUGAUCUACCUUUGGACAGUUUUUGGUUGGAUACUGCCAAGGAGUUCCCCCUUCUGGCAAACAAAGCUAUUUUGACAUUGCUCCCUUUUUCCACUACAUAUCUGUGUGAGAUUAGCUUUUCAAGCAUGAUUGCUAUGAAAACCAAAUACAGAGAGAGACUGAGAACUGUUGACGAAGAGCUACGUGUGUGUCUUUCUUCGAUUCCAGCCAGAAUAUCAGCUUUGUGUUCAGCCAAACAGGCCCAGGUUUCGCACUGA